AGGUCUGUUUGGGAUAAAUUUUAUGAUCAUAAAAGUCCUUUAUAUGGCCAAAUAGAUAAAAAAGAAGAACGCCAUUCUCGCAGAAGUCCCAAAAUUCUGCCACGUUACAGAAAAAUUGAGAAAACAACAGAAAUUUGUGAUUGCUAUAUGUUGGAAAAGAGGUAUUCUAUAAUGAUAAUGCACUUGUUGAUAGAGAGUAAUUCACGGGGUAAGAAAAUUGGCAAAAUGGCUUAUAUCUGGAUAAAUAAAUAUCGUUUAGGACUAGAAAAAAUGACUAAAUGGCAAGAGGAAUACUUUCUUCGAGCUUUUGUAUCAACUGCAAUAUGUCUUUAUAGACGCCUAUAUUCUAUUUAUUGCAUCCACUUUGAAAAUUUCCAUGACAACUGUUGGGUUAAGGAUGACACUUUCUUAAAUAACAAUAAUGAAUGCGAUCCGUAUUUUUGGAAUAAACAUCCGCAUCAAGGGAUUAAAGUAAGAUUAUCGUCCACGACUGUUGAGAAAAGAACAAUACAAGAAGACGACAAAUAUAUCUAUGUUUCAACAUAUACAGCUAAUGCAAAUUCCCUGCCUGGAAAUGAAUAUUGGAUGAAAAAAAUAUCAACGAAUAAGGACUCCACGACUGUAUUAGCUUCUCGUAGCUUCAUUUCUGAAUUACAUAAUCCAUUAGUUAAUAGAACAAUGGUUUCUGGAAAGAAUUUAUAUAUUGCAACUGACUACGGUGUAAAACAUCUUUCAGAUUAUUGUUGCGAAGUAUUGGAAAAUAAUAUUUUUUAAAUCAAUCCAAGUAAUAAUAUGAAGCAUUCUCACCGAGGACAACGCAAGGAUAAAUGGGUGGUGCAAACUCGCAAUAAAUGGGCGUGGCUUCAACCCCAAAAAUAUCAACCUAAUAUAUAUGGAUAUAUAUAUAUAUAUAUAUAUAUAUAUAUAUAUAUAUAUAUAUAUAUAUAUAUAUAUAACAAGAAAAAUCAAUAAAUUUUUUAGGAAUAU